UACAGUAGAGUAGGUCUAGUCUAUGACAUUACAGUAGAGUAGGCCUAGUCUGACAUUACAGCAGAGUAGGCCUAGUCUAUAACUACAGGAGCGCAUUUUGGGAUAAGGCGAAACCCGCAGGAUGGGAACGUAGCUUUUGUACCAGAACUGUUUCCUUCCAUUGCGUCGCGCAGAACACCAAUUAUUGCAUCACAAUAGCUUGGCGCACACCUGCCGGUAGUGUGUUCCAGGACAUCCCGCUGUGGUCAGACUCACUGUAUCUACCCAGACAGCUCGGUAACAGUGUGACAUUGCUUAUUACUUCAACCCCAAGUUUCCUCUUGGUUAAAGAACGCAUUUAUCUAAACAGCACUGGAUAGAAGAUACAUCUCCGUGCGCAUUUUGGCCAUCUUUCAUCCUACAGUGGUCGUGGUGAUGAUGUGUGACUGAAUUAUGUUCGCCAAUUCAGUCGAGGACCUUGGCCUCCGUACGCGAGUGCCCCGGCUCCUCCAAGCAUCCGAGGAGGACUUAGGCUCAGAGGUGGUCACCGGGUACUUGAAACUAUUCGUGGCUCUCCUCUCCGUCCUCCUUUUCCUCUUCUGGGUUAUCCCUCUGCGGAAAGAUGAUGAUGAGGUCUACGACGAGAUUGACUCAAACCUGGUCAACAGGUUCACAGAGGGAGUCACCCUCAACUACAAAUACCUCCAGUGCUUGGAGGGGCUGCUGGACAUGAAGAAGCUACAGAUAGACAGACUGAACGCUGAAGCGAACUUUGACCUCUCCUCCUGCUGCUGCUACGGUUCUGACUCCCGCUCUGGGAGGUCCUCCUGCAGCUACACCUCUGACUCCUGCUCUGGGAGGUCCUCCUGCAGAUACACCUCUGACUCCUGCUCUGGGAGGUCCUCCUGCAGAUACACCUCUGACUCCCGCUCUGGGAGGUCCUCCUGCAGCUACACCUCUGACUCCCGCUCUGGGAGGUCCUCCUGCAGCUACACCUCUGACCCCUGCUCUGGGAGGUCCUCCUGCAGCUACACCUCUGACUCCCGCUCUGGGAGGUCCUCCUGCAGCUACACCUCUGACCCCUGCUCUGGGAGGUCCUCCUGCAGCUACACCUCUGACACUAAAACACAUUCUAGAUCAGGUUGGAAAUCUUCCGGAUCUUCUAGGUCCUCCUCCAGAUCUAGUGGUGGUGACUGCAGCACCUGCCAACGCUGUAACAAACGUCCGGACAGGUUCCUGGGCGGUAGUCUGGAUAGUCCCUACCCAUUGGAUAGCCCCAGCCCAGUGGAAAGCCCCAGACAACCAUGUAGUCUUAGCCCAAUACCAGGAGAUGAUAAGGGGCACGUAAUAUACCAUGGCUCCACGCAAGCCUCCAACACCUCCUGCCACGCCUCCUGCCAUUCUACUCGCCGCUCCUCCGAAAAUGCCUCCCGCUGCUCCUCUCCCAGCCCCUCGAGCUCCUCUAAGUACGUCACUCCUUCUGACUCUCCGCUGCCUCUGGAGCAUCAUCGAAGCCCUCGGCAGCCUACUAUCGGUUACUACGAUACCACCAAGAUGGAGGACAAAGGGGACUGUGUUCCUGUGGUUGCUACUACUGUUGAGUCUUCACCUGGCUGCAAAGACCGUUCCAACCGCCCUGACUGCUCCAAGACUCAGAAUGCCGACGGCGUGGACCAUUCCAAGACUCCGACGAUGACAGUGAGACGGAUUGUUUCGGUGAGACAGCUGUUUGAGAUGGUUCCAGGGAAAAGUGACCCACCUGUCCUGCACAGCUGGCACCAACGACAGCUGGAAGUCGAUGUGCAACAGAAGGUAGCCCAUAAUGAGAGACUGAAGGGAGGAGGGACCACCACCACCUGUAACCCGACCUCUACCUCCACCCACCUCGAUACCACCCAGUCCACCACCUGUAACCCGACCUCUACCUCCACCCACCUCGAUACCACCCAGUCCACCACCUGUAACCCGACCUCUACCUCCACCCACCUCGAUACCACCCAGUCCACCUCCUGUAACCCGACCUCCACCCACCUCGAUACCACCCAGUCCACCACCUGUAACCCGACCUCUACCCACCUCGAUACCACCCAGUCCACCUCCUGUAACCCGACCUCCACCCACCUCGAUACCACCCAGUCCACCUCCUGUAACCCGACCUCUACCCACCUCGAUACCACCCAGUCCACCUCCUGUAACCCGACCUCCACCCACCUCGAUACCACCCAGUCCACCACCUGUAACCCGACCUCUACCUCCACCCACCUCGAUACCACCCAGUCCACCACCUGUAACCCGACCUCUACCUCCACCCACCUCGAUACCACCCAGUCCACCACCUGUAACCCGACCUCUACCUCCACCCACCUCGAUACCACCCAGUCCACCUCCUGUAACCCGACCUCUACCUCCACCCACCUCGAUACCACCCAGUCCACCUCCUGUAACCCGACCUCCACCCACCUCGAUACCACCCAGUCCACCACCUGUAACCCGACCUCCACCCACCUCGAUACCACCCAGUCCACCACCUGUAACCCGACCUCUACAUCCACCUCAUCUCAGGCUAAAACCAGAAGGAUCGCCAGGAAAACCACCAGCCUUCCAGCCUUCCCCCCACAGCGUGUCAACAACCCUCCUAGUCUCCAUGCCAGUGGGUCGGAGGGUAAAGGUCAGGACAAGCCGUCCAUCCGGAUGUACCUGCAGGGUUUGGUCCAGCUCACCUUCAUCACCCAGGAUAUCCAGGAGAAGCUGGAGUGCCACGUCCGCCGCAAGCAGAGCCAACGCCUCUGGGGAUUCCCCAAGCUGGUCACCAGGUACGUGGGAGACCACCUCGCCGACCUGGCUGCCCAGGCCCCCUCCGCUUCCGGCGACGGCAAGCCGUUUAAGAUCUCUGGCAAGAUCAUGGGCAACGUGAGCGACCAUGUUGGCCGAGGGCAGCGAAACACAGAGUUGUGUUUCAGGCUGAGUGACAAGACAAGGCCAGGGGUGGAGAGAGAGGAGACCCAGGCUACUAGUCCUGCAGCUACAGCCAAACUCAAUGACAAUUUAAACAGCUCACCUGCCAAAAGCAGGCCUGUGGAGAAAACUCCCUUCACCAGCACUAGCUGCACCACUACUCCCCAGCCAGCCGAGACCCACACUACCAGACCCAACCAGACCAGCCAAUCUCUGGACGAGUCCUCCCUCCAGAUGCCCCCAAACCCAGUAACCCUAACCCAGGAGAGACGCCAGCGGGAGAUGCAUGUGAAGAGGAACUGUCUGGAGGUCAAGCUCAAACCCCUCCCUGGCAUGGUGGGCACCAGCCAGACGUCCCUUUCCUCGGAAACCAGGCAGCCAACUAGGCAGCCCGUCCAGGCAGAAGCCCUCGCCCCUCUGAAACGCCCUGCGCCACUAAGGCUGAGGGAUCCGUCGGCAGCGGAGGGAUACGUGUCUUCUAUGGACCCAGAGGCGCUGAGGCGUCAGGAGGAGAAUCUGGUGAUGAAGCCCACAUCUUCGGCCGCCCCCUCGACCUCCCCAGCUCACCCUCACAGCUCAGCUCUGGAGACGUGGGCCGGCAUAGACAUCGUCUCAGGACCCCGCUCUGCCUCCACUCCCAUACGACUGUUGUGUUAUGACACGGACACCGAAAGGCUUUUUGUGUUCACAACAUAGAUCUACAUGGACUAUUUGUUUUGGUACCAGACGAUUCAGAACUGAUACAUUUUCUUUAACUAAUAAAAAGGUUUUGCAUUUCA